UUUAUCAUAAGUACACCACAAUUUUCGUGCUAUAUACAUUUUAAAGAAAAUUGUUGCAAUGAGUGGUCUUCAAGAAACUUUGUGCAGGCUUUGUCGUACAAUUAUAACCGAUAAAAGUUUUGAAGUAAUAGACAACGCUACUAGAGACAUUCUACAUGUGCUUUUGUUAAAAUUGAAACUGGAUGGUGAAAGCAAGGAGGUUAUAUGUAAUGCUUGCAGAAGAAAAUUACAUGCAGCAUUAGAAUUUAAGUCAACAUGUUUAAAUAACGACAAUACAAUUAUUCCAAAUAUGGAUAGCGAACAAAUGUUACAGCUUCAUAUAAGAGAAGUGUACACGAAGGAGAAGGGAAGCGAGUCGAUGGAUAUUUCAGAUAGUCAGAAAAUAUGUCGAUUGUGUAUGCAACCAAAGAGUGAGUUUAAGUGCAUAAGUGAAGAGGAACACGAAGCUAUUCAGAAAUUGAUUCCUGAAAUGGAUAUAAAUAUCAUCAAAGAACCUGUUGUGUGUAAGCCAUGCUUUGAUUCUCUGUGUACCCACAACCUCUUCUUAAGAGAAGUAGAGGAAAAAAUUAAAUGUAGUUUCGAUAGUCCAGCCAUAGAUAUUCGAAUAGAUAAGCCGCCAACUGAUUUAUUCUUUAAGACUGAAGACUUGGACAGUAAAUUCGAUAUUAACGAGAUGGAAAUGUCGAUCAAAACUGAAUGUGUGAACAUAAAAGAUGAAGAUGAGGAAACAAGUGACACGCUCAGCUCCGAUAAUGAAUCGUUCCAGAAGAGUGACUGGAAAGAUGCACAAGGAUGUAAACAUGAAAAUGGAUCAGGGAACGAAUGUAAUUCGACAACCAAGGCAUUUUCAACCAGUCAUCAGUUGAUGCAUGAAUAUGCCUCGCAAGUCAAAAUGUACAUGUGUAAUGACUGCAAUUACAAAACUAAAUACAGGAGUUAUAUCAUAAAGCACCAACUGAAACAUAAAGAUCCCUCACAGGUUAAAAUGUACAAGUGUACCAGCUGCGAUUAUGAAACUAAAUACAAGCAUUCUUUCAAACACCACGAACUGAAGCAUAAAGAUCCUUCACAGGUUCAAGUGUACAGGUGUGACAAGUGCGACUACAAAACUAUAUACAAGAAUUAUGUAAAACAACACCAACUAAGACAUAAAGAAUCUUCACAGGACCAAGUGUACAGGUGUAAUGACUGUAAUUACCAAACUAAAUACAAAGGUGUAAUGACUGCUAUUUUGAAACCAAAUACAAGAGUGCCAUUAAACAGCACCAACUGA